GUCAUGGUUGCCGGAAAGGAAAGUACUUUCGAAAUAUCGACAGCUCAAUCAUGGCUAUGAAGUGUUUGGAGAAGACAAGAUGUUACAAGACCAGGAAUGCUGUGACUCAGGUGCUGCCAUAAGAUGAAAACUUGAAUGAUGACGUGCACAGCAAAUGUCGACAAACUGUGAUGAUUAGUGUAGUAUUUUACCUCUAAUUGUUCUAGAUAUAGGAUAAAAUGAAUCCUAAUCGGCUUCCACAGCAACAGCUCCCACAAACGCCAUCAGCUCCCCCACCCAUCCCUCCAAGGUUAACUAAAAGUACCAGCAGUGAUGUGUCUGUCUUUAGACCAAAACCUGAACUGCCUUCUCCUUGUUUUCAACCACUUUCAUCGUUCGAUAACCAAGAUUCUGCAAACUCAGAUAAUCAAGCUUCAAGCUUUCCACCCGCCCAUCAGUGGAAGUCUACCACCAGUAUUGCUGAAGGUGACUCUGAGGGUUCGACAGCGGACCUCGAAGGAAUUGACUUCUGGCUAGCUGCUAGGGAAAGCAGGCUAAGGGAAAGUAAAGCAAAAGGUUUGAGUUCAUCUGAAGACAACAUCAGCCAUUAUAAUUAUGAUAAAGAUCCGAAAGUGUAUCCUGACAUUCGGGCUGCAUUUCUGGAAGUUUUACCAAGGACACCAGGGCACAAUAUUGUGACAGACCACUUCAACCAUGGAAGUGUGUACUCCCAGCCACAUUCAGCUCAAAAUCAGCAGUACCCUGCUCAAAACUGGCAGUAUCCUGGUCAGACUCAGCAGUACCCAUCACAGGCUCUUCCUCAAGGCCCCCCACCCCCACCUGGCUUUGUCUUACCUGAGAAUGGUGUUAAUGGAGGGUAUUCACGUGCACAAAGCUGGAAUGACUAUUACCUGACAGGCUCAGUCAGCCAAGCUAGCACAUUUGCAACAAGAGCUACAGCAUCGCCAUUCAACCCCUCCAGUGCUCAAGGUGGUAGUACUUACAACAAACUCAACAUGCCAUCUUUAAUGGGGUAUCCCAUGCAGUCCCAUUUGGGUAAUAGCAGCAGUAUGGGUGGGUUCAGCACCAGCACAGGUUACACCUUCCCCCACCCUGACAGCUGGAGUGAUCUCGCAGCAGGUGGUCAGGGGGAGAACGUUUUCUCACAAGCGAUCCCAAGUUCAAGCCAGUCCUUGGGUGGGACACCCACAGACAGUUACAAUCUCAUACACUUAGGCUGGAAUAUAGAAGAGGAGCCAGAGUAUAUGACUUUAGAAGCAUUUGAUCCCUUAUACCAAAAGAUUCCUGAGCACCCAGACCAAGACAAAGGUGCUAGUUAUCUAGACGGUAUAUAUUCUCUUACCACUUAUCCAAACGCUUCAGGGGAGAUAACUCCAGAGAAGGCCUCGCAUGUAAACUUGCCCCCUGCCCCUGGUAAUUAUGAAGACAUUUUAGAUGUGUUAGCUGCACAUUCUUCAGCUUCCUCAUCAACAGAGAAGGGUGAAGAUAGAGGUGAAGCAGAGGUGACAGAGAAACAGGACAAUGUGUACGAGGCUCUAAGUGGUGUGUCUCGGAGAGUGUCAUCUAAAUGCCCUCCCCGUCCCCCAAGGCCAUUCUCCAAGAGACUCUCCAAACAGGCUUUGCGGGAUGGUGACUAUGAGAUGCUGCGAUCCAUGACAUUCAUUGAUGAGGAGUCCAGAAGCUUCUGUGAAAUGGUGUCCAAGGUAAAGGAGAAGUUUUUGUCGACUGACGAGUGUAGUAACAUGGGGUUUGUGAUCAGCUCAGUGCAGGGUGAGGUUCCCCAUGAGCCCAUGUCGGUCAAGGUGGUCAUUUACGCGGAUUUCGCUAAUGAAGCCAUUCCUUUCACAUGUGAUGUGGACCUGCUAGUAGAGCAUGUGAUCAGUCAGGUGUUGUACACUCAGUUUGAGGAAACAGGCUCUCUCACAGCGGCUGAUUAUAUCCUCAAGGUGUAUGACCGGUCAGAAUACCUGCUCAAUAUGUAUCCUCUGUCUUGGUAUGAUUAUGUUCAACAUUGUAUGAAGAAUGACUGUGAUAUAAAGUUUUAUCUGUGUAAGAGGGACCAGAUAGCUCUGCCUCUGUUGCGAACAAUUGAUGAUGAUGGCCAGCCCGUGUUUUUCCCCAGGGAUUUUAUUAAGAAGGAUCCAGGAGAAGUGUCUAGGGAAUCUCUGGAUAUCUUAAUGGAGACAUUUUACAGAGAGGUGGAAAGGCUUAGGGACCAAACUUUACAGGGAAAAGCAGAAGUGAGUCAGUGUAGGAGCCUGACACAAUCUGUCAAAGCUGUAUGUGCCAUUCUGGCCAAGAUAGAGACCAUGGCACUGUCAAAAUCUCUCAGUAGAGUGCAGGAUAUCGUCUCUAAUCUAUCUCACCGGACAUCUCAGCCAGCAGAACUUGAUAAUGAUUACAUUUACUCUGACCCUGCUGAGACACAAGAUAUGGAUAUGGGUGUACGCUGUACCCUCCUGGAGGAUUUGCAAGAGGCUCUGGAUGAACUGACAAAAACCGUACAGCAGCUGGUGAAUCUCUACUGUCACACAUUCCACACGGACUUCAUCCUCUAUGAUGAGGAUGAUGGCUAUACUGAGACCCAAGAAGUGACUGGACUGAUAGAUAACUUCCUGAUCCAGGUGGCCUCUGCUCACAGAAUACCUGUCACCUGGCUUAACAUGUAUGAAGAGUACUAUGUGGAGUGUAGCCUGCAUCAUAGCGGCCAGAUGUUGGGCAGGUCUCUGUUCACCAAAACCAUGGCCGUGGCAAAGACGGGGCUCUGUGAACGGAUUCUCUUUGAUGAGUGGAUCCAGUUUGAGGACAUACAGCUGUGUGCUUUACCUCGAGAAAGCCGCCUUUGUCUGACUUUGUAUGGCACCAAAACUGUGCCCAGUGCCAAUACAUCUGUCCCUGAUGACCUCACAGGCAAGGUGAAGACAGCACUAGGGGGUGCCACUGUACAACUAUUUGACCAUAAAAGCCACCUUGUACAGGGCCAACAGAUGAUGAUCUUAAGGCCAGGUCGUGAGGCAGAUCCCCUGGGACCAUCUCUGAUCUCUCUGCUACCUGACUCUGUUCUGCUACAGGUUAAUCUCCCUCAGCUGGGCAAACACAUCAUAUACCCUGAAGCUGUGGAGUCAGAAGUCAAAAUACAAAAACCUUUCUCUAGUCUUCCAACUGAUGACCAAGAGGAACUGAAGGCAGUAUUGCAUAAGGACUGUAUAACACCGUUGACAGCUGAUGAGCGUGAGUUGUUGUGGCAUCGCAGACAUUACCUGCUGGAAAACCCAGCCUUCCUGCCCAAGGUGCUGCAGUCCGCUCACGGCUGGGACUGGGCAUGUCUGGCUGACAUCUACAUCCUGCUGAGGCAGUGGCAGACCCCAAGCCCUACCGACGCCCUUGAGCUCCUCAUGCCACAAUUUGCAGACCACCGAGUGCGAGAGUUUGCCGUGAUCUGUCUCCGCAAUCUGGACAUGGAUGAGAUGUUAAAUUACCUUCCUCAGCUGGUUCAGGCACUGAAGUUUGAGAGUUAUCAUGUGUCACCCCUGGCUGAAAUGUUGUUAGAGCGAGCCUGUAACAGCAUCAGAUUUGCCCAUAAACUUUUCUGGCUGUUGAAGGAAGCUGCUCAAGACUCGAUAUACCGUCAGCGAUACCAGCUGAUGUUUGGAGCUGUGAUGAGCGUAUCUGGACAAGCCCUGAGGAAAGAGUUCCGUAAACAAGAGGAGUUGAUGAAAUUGCUGGGCACCACAGCUGAGAAAGUCAAAAUGGGGCGAGAUAAAGAGAGCACGCUAAGAAGAGAGUUGCAGUUAGUGUAUGAGUUGUUUGAGCAGAAGAAGGGUAUACUACUGCCGCUCAACUGCAGCAUGGAGGUCACUGGGAUUGACCUGAAGUCCUGUUCGUACUUCACCUCAAAUGCAUUUCCGUUGAAGCUGGUCUUCAAGAAUCAGAACUUUUACGCUGAACCAAUCUAUACCAUGUUUAAGGUAGGGGAUGAUCUCCGACAGGACAUGCUUACUCUCCAGCUUAUCCGUAUCAUGGAUCAUCUGUGGCUCAAGGAAGGACUGGACUUAAAAAUGAUCACAUUUUCCGUUCUGUCAACUGGACCAAAGAGGGGAAUGGUAGAGUUGGUAACAGAGUCUGAGACAAUAAGGAAGAUCCAGGCUUCUUAUGGACUGACAGGCUCAUUUAAGGAUCGGCCGCUGAGGGAGUGGUUACAAAAACAUAACAUCACAGAACUGGACUACCAGAAGGCUGUGGAUAACUUCAUGCGGUCAUGUGCGGGGUACUGUGUGGCCACCUAUGUCCUGGGGAUCUGUGAUAGACACAAUGACAACAUCAUGCUCAAGCAGUCGGGUCACAUGUUCCACAUUGACUUCGGCAAAUUCCUGGGAGAUUCACAAAUGUUUGGCACAUUCAAGCGUGACCGUGUACCAUUUGUCUUGACAUCUGACAUGGCGUAUGUGAUAAAUGGGGGAGAAAGACAGAGCAGUCGCUUCCAGCAGUUUGUGGAUUUGUGCUGCCAAGCCUUCAGCAUUCUGAGGAAAAAUGCUAACAUUUUCCUUAGUCUCUUCACACUGAUGUCCAAGUCCGGCAUACCUGGUAUGUCAGAGAAUGCAGCAGCCUAUGUGCAGACUGCUCUCUUACCUGGACAGAGUAAUGCUGAAGCCACAGCUUUCUUCACCAGGAUGAUCGAUGAAAGCCUCAAGUCUGUCUUCACCCAGUUUAACUUCUUCAUCCAUAAUCUGGCUCAGCUCAAGUUCUCUAGUCAUAAUGAGGGAGCGUUGCUUUCUUUUGUACCUAAGACCUACAGUAUUAACAUAGAUGGAAAGAUCAAGUCUGUGGAGGUUUUGGCCUGUCAAAAGAGAUAUGUCCCUGAGAAACAUUAUGUUUACAUCAUUAAAGUGGUGAGGGAACAGCACCGAGUGCCUUCCUUCAUCUUCCGCAGGUUCUCAGAGUUUGUGGAGUUCAGGGACAAGCUUGUGGCUCAGUUCCCCCUGACAGCCUGGCAUGUCCUCCCCACCAGACUGAUACUGGGGAGGAGUCAUGUGAAGACUGUGGCUGAAAGUAGAAAAGCUGAAAUUGAGAAGUUUCUGAAAGAGUUGUUGUUGAAGGCUCCAGAAAUCUCUGGGAGUGAUCUUGUGUACACAUUUUUCCACCCUCUGUUGAGGGAUGAACAGGACAUAUCCGAGCAGACAGAAGCGCCCAGAACUGGCGAAGUUACACCCACUGUCAGUGAUGGCUGCGAGGUGAAGGGACAGGUCAAAGUGGCUCUACAGUACAAGAAGGAUGCUCUCUCUGUUAUGAUAAUGCAUGCAAAGGAUUUGGGCUGCUCUCUUCCAGUGGCCCCCAGCCCUUAUGUCAAGACUUACCUUUUGCCUGAUCCAUUCAAAGAGACUAAAAGGAAGACAAAGGUGGUGAAGAACACUAACCAUCCUGUCUACAAUGAAAUUCUGCUGUAUAAAAUAUCCAAGGAUGAGGCGAGGAACAAGAUACUACAGGUGACUAUUUGGGACCAUGACAUCCUGAAGGAGAAUGAGUUCAUGGGAGCAGCAUUCAUAAAACUGCGAGACAUUGACCUCAGUCAGGAGACAAUAAAGUGGUACCCUCUGGGCAAUCUACAAGUCAGCAUCAGUCAGAUGUUAGCCUAACCCCUCACCGUUUACUGCAGAGGCAACAACAAGUGACAUGGACAGCAUUCCAGAAAACCCUGUCAUCUUUACAACUGUUACAUAUUUGUGAACCAGACGGAAUGAAGCUUAAGUUUUAAAUUACGUCUUAAUUGUGAAUUUGUUCUUUUUACAAUUUUGUGGUUAUUUAUUUUUUUAACUAAUGUUUCAGCGUAAUGUUAUAUCACAUCCAGUUUUUAAUUUACAAAGAAAUUUCAGUGUAUAGUCACAGAUUUUAUCUGUACUGUUUUUAUUAAAAGAUGUUGUUGUCAGUAGUCUAAAUUGCUGUUGUUAUUGCUGGUUGUACAUGAAUACACAGAUAAUAUUGUUAUAGACAAUUGACGCAUGGUGCAUUUUUACCCAAAGUCAGACAAUCUGUUAGUGGGCAUAACGGACAGAUUUGUGUAAGUAUAUGAAUUCUCUUUAUCAAUUUACAACAGGCACUGUUUUAAAAAGUUAUGAUAUUCAAAUUAGGUAUUCAGAAUACUUAUUCCAGAGUUCAGAAGAAAAAAGAAAAUAUUGCAUUCUGCAAUUUAUAUGCAUGUGUUAUUUCAAAAACAGAAGCAAGUGAAUAGUAAUUAUUUUUGAUUUUCCAUCGUAUACCCUGGAGUUGCAUGUAUUAUUCUGUGGUACUUGUGUGUUUCAAUGCCAAGGCUUCUGUCAGAGAAUAGGUAAUGAAGAUUCUUUUCUCAUCUGUGUCACUCUGUGUACAAAUAUUAUCUUUUUAUUUUCUGCUGACCAUAAUUUGACUCUUAGUAGGUCUGUACCUUUUGUGGCCACAGAGUGAUGUUGUCAUUUACACUUUAAACGCAGUCUGUUGUAUAGGCUUAUCAAUAGUGCAUGUAUUUACAGUUCCAUGAAGUGUAAUGUUGGCUUAUUACAAGUAUCUCUUUAAAUAGUACAGCAGACACAUAUAUAUUAGCAAUAGAAUUAAUUAUUUCCACGCUGAAAGUUUUACACGUGAAAUAUUAGUAUUGACUGAAUAGAAUGUGUGAAGUGUUUGGUGAGUGACGGUAAAAUAUUGCAAGUGAAAAAUACCUACAGAAAAUAAAAGGUGCCUUAAAUCGUAUAAAUUUACAUGUCUUGUUGAAAAGAAAACCAUGUCUGGUUGUGUGUAUAAGACCAGCAUCAGUCAGGAUGUCUGCAUAUGUGUAUUUGUUUGCUAAUACAUGUACAUAACUUGUAUGCCUUUGACAUUUGGAAUUAUCUCCUGAUGACACAUCAUUGGUAUUUUCCCUGAUGUUUAUUGUCGUACAGAAAUGAUCAGGUAUGUGUGCACUUUAGCACAAAUGACAAGGUAUCUGGAUAGUCCACCAUAAGUGAUUAGGUAUGUCUACACUUUAGCACAAAUGACAAGGUAUCUGGAUAGUUCACCACAAAUAAUCAGGUAUUUGUACACUUUAAUACCACUGGGUCUCCGUGGCCGAGGGGAUUCCCACCAAUGCAGUUGCUGUGAGUUCGUCCAGCUCUUGCUGGCUUCCUCUCCAGCUGUACCUGCUGACGGUCGUGGGUUUCCCUCAGGCUCUGCGCGGUUUCCUCCCACCAUAAUGCUGGCCACUCUCGUAUAAGUGAAAUAUUCUUGAGUACAGUGUAAAAUAGCAAUCAAAUAAAUACGUUUAAUACCACAAAUGUUCAGGCAUGUGUACACUUGCCCACAAUUGAUCAGGUGUGUGUACACUUGAUCACAAUUGAUCAGGUAUCUGGACACUUGGCAACAAUUGAUCAGGUACCUGGACACUUGGUCACAAAUGAUCAGGUAUCUGGACACUUGGCCACAAAUGAUCAGGUAUCUGAACACUUGGCCACAAAUGAUCAGGUAUCUGGACACUUGGCAACAAUUGAUCAGGUAUCUGGACACUUUGCAACAAUUGAUCAGGUAUCUGGACACUUGGCCACAAAUGAUCAGGUAUCUGGACACCUGACCACAACUGGUCAGAUAUGUAUAUCUCCUCAGGCGGUGCUAAAAUCACAUACCCAGCCUCCAUCACAUGUACAUAUAUCAUUGCCAUCAUAGUGUCAUGCUAUAAUCAAUUUCAGUUUGUUUCUUUUAACAUGAAUGACUCACCUCAUUUCAAAGUGCUUUGGACUGAAAAAACAAGCAUCAAAAGUUUAUGAUUGUCUGGAUAUACAGUUGAAAUGGGCUGUAGUAUAGGAGUUAAAUGUCAGAUUCAUUUUGUACACAAGUGAUUACAGUUCAAGUGAGUGUUUGUCAUUAGACAUAACGAUACAUAAGACUGUCAUGAAAGCAGAAGGUAUUUUUGUCACAUAGAAUGUACACAUGCUUUGUUUCAGGUCUUUACACACAGAUCUCCGCUUCAUUUUAGGGCAUUGAAGGUUUACUUUUUCAUUUACUGAAUACAUGAACAUGUAGUAACUACCAGUGUAUACUUGUCCAGUUUUCUGCAUGUCAGUUGGUGGUUUUUAUCAAAGUUUGUAUGGAAACAAUUCCAGACAGCAUCAUGCAUUAUAGACUGAAGGCGGCUAUAAUAACUUCCAAGUUUCAGUCGGUUAAGACCUUUCCGCUGUAUAUAAUGCCACAGUAGGGUUCUCACAUGGGGCAGUGUGACUUGACUUCUGUAGGACGAAGUUUACAGAUAUACGACAGAUCAUGGGAAUCCAGAUUUAGUAGGUAUUUAGGUAUGCGUGGAAAACAGCUUACUGCAUAUGAGUCUGUGUUGUUACAGUUGGUGCAGUGUUAUACCCAAAUCAAAUAAAUUUAUAAAUAAGUUUUCCAGUGAAGAGAUUUACUUAGAAAUUUGUGUUACCCCAGCAUGUAUGCCAUUGAGAUGCUAACAGAAAAUGAUUCGCAUGUCGCUUUCCAAAGUAUAUGUAGUUAGUUGUGGAGAUGCAGAAGAAAUUUGAAUUUAAACUACAUUUAAUGAUCAUAUAGCCCUGAAAAGAAAUUUUCUUUUCAAUGGUAAAAGGUUUUGUGUAAAUUUAGUGUGCUGGAAGACUCUCAGAAAAAAUAAUUCAAUGUAUGAUGAAAUGCAAGUUCAACAUAUUUAACAUUGAUAAACACACAUCACCAAGAAGUGCACAUUUGUUUUGAUAUCAUUUAUUUCCUUAAAUAUGUCAUUAAAAGUCUUUCCUGACUGAAAAUUCCUCUGUAUCUGCAGAUUUUUCAAAUGUUGCCUUGUUAUUAAUGUGCAGCAGACAGAGGCUGUAUGUAUUAAGUUUAAAUAGUGAUUGAAUAGCAGUAUUGUAAUAUAGCAGCAGAAAAGGGGCUCAUUGUUCUAGUGGAGCAGAUCGGAUUCUGCAGCAGAACAUCAGGAAUUGUGAGACCAACCACAGUCGUGAUGUACAUACAAGUCUACAGCCUUUGUCAUGUAGUUAAUAUUCAGAUAAUGACUCUGAGCUUGGAUACUGAAAACUCAGGUAGUCAUGGAACCUCCACGACGACAGAUCUUCAAAGGGAAACCUGAUAUUGUGAUAAGGAAGUGUUAGCUUUCCCUGGAAUAGCUGGCUGCUCUCACUGACUGCACUGCUGAUUGAAUGUUUUACCUUGUGAUUGCACCUGUAUGUGAUACACAGUAUGACUAACCUGCAGAUCUCAACCCAGCCAUUUACAUGCAAGGUCUUUGUAGUGUGCUAGCUAUGAGGCUUCUACAGUAUAGGUUGUUCUGUAAUGAACAGUUUCUUGUUGUUAGAGGGCUUUUUUCUUUUGUUUGUUU